AUGUCCAGGAACUUUUUGAACCUUAAAUAUGAAGACACAAUUCAGUGUUCCUUUUUCUGUCGUGACAACCUAUCGACCAAUCAGUGGGAUCAACUUUGUGAUAACAUUAACAAUACAAUAAACCAAAUAUCAAAAGAAUAUAUAUGGCAUAGAGAUAAAUUCUCCGUUAAUUUUCCAAUUUUGGAUAACAAUAAAAGUGAUAUUCCUCAUCUAUCAAGCACAACAUGUUUUGGCGACAACCUAGAAGAUGAAUGGUUCAUUGUAUAUAUUGUAUUAGAAAUCACUAAAGUGUACCAGAAUCUCAUCGUCCAACUUGAAGAUAAUGAUGGUGAUUUCAUGCUCAUUGAAGCCGCUGAUUAUUUGCCAGCUUGGGCCAAUCCAGAUACAACUGAAAAUAGAGUGUUUCUUCAGAAUAAACAGAUCCAUAUCAUACCUCCUGAUUUAGCCGCAACUAAUUCAAGUCUCAAUGUAGCUGAUGCUAUUAAUUUAGUUGCACAAAACCCAAACAUUACUAAGGCCCCUGAAGAAAUACAGAAUGCUAUAUUAAGAAAAGUGGAAGGUUAUCCUCAAAAAAUUCAUAAUAAUUGUCAUAAUGCUAUUUUAAAAUUGCCCUUAGAAAUAGCUGCUGUAAUAAGUUUGGAACCGACUUUAAUAUCACCUAUAGUCCAUACAUAUUGUAACCUAGAUGCCUUAGAAGCGAGGCAGUGUAAAGACAUAAAAUUUGACAACUGCAUUAAUGUUAAAGUGAAAUUUACGAAAUAUUUAUAUGCUAUGCUCCUGCAUUCGCCGUUACUCAGUACAAUUAAAUACAAAGUAUUGGAAAGUGACAAAAAAGGUCAAAUGGGUUUAAAAAUUGCAUCCAGUUAUAAUAUCAUAUUAAAGCAGUCUUCGGGAGAACCCUUUUCUACUAUGGAAUAUCAAAGAUUCUUAGAGAGUCUUUCUAAAAAUGGUUACUUUAAGGAUAGCUUAGAAGGUUCGGUUCAUUAUAAACAAUUACUAGAAAAAGCCAACAGUUAUUUCUUGAAUAUGGAAAGUCCUAUAACUUCUAAUGCAUGCCAUACUAUCGAAAACAUAAAAUCUACAAGUGACUUUGAAAAUAUGAAGACAUUCCUUAGAAAUGAAAGUGAGUCAGGUGUUUUGGAGGAUGAUGAUGCUUCGUGGCUUACUAUUGACCCUGAUGAGUUGAAUAAUUUGUUAAAUUACCAAUAUGGAAAGAAGGGUCAUGUUAAAAAUGAAACCGUUACUCCGCAUUUAAUAACAUCAGAGUUAUCAAGCUUCCUUAAAAAGACUUCAGAUUAUGAAGGAAUAGAACAAGUAAAUGGUGAUGUGUACAGUGAUGAUGGUGAUAUAGAUUUUGAUUGCAAAGAAUUUGUUACAUGUAUUGAAAAAAUGCUCAAGAUUGUAUCAAAUGAUGAAGAAACAAAUUGUGGUGAUCAAGAUAUCAGUGGUGAUGACUAUUCAGAUACGGAACGAUACGAAUUUGAUACGAAUCAAGAUUUAGAAUUGGCUGCAAAAUUAAAAACAUCUGUCGGAGAAAAUCUAAAAGAUGAUAAAAGUGUUGUGAACAAUUUGGUACAAAGUAUUAAAGAGGAAGGAUUGUGUGGACCAUCAAGUGUAGUUUUAAGGACUAUUGGUAUCAAAAAAAGUGAUGUUCUAGACUCUGAUGAUGAUGAUGAAUAAGUGAUAAUGCUUUAUUGUUCAUUAUACUACAUAUGCAACAAUGUUUUAGAGAUAAGAUUAGUGGCUCUACUUAUGAGUUCAUGAAGGUGAUAAAUAAAAAUAUAUUUAUGUAAAACAUGAUAAAAAACUUUUAUUCAAAAUAUACAAACACCAAAAUAUUACUUGAUCAAUAUAUAAAAACUAUAUAACAAAACAUUUUUCACCGAAUGUUGGAAUUUAUAGGUGAGCGUAUGUCCCUCCAGCUACAACUAAGGUUUCUCCCGUUAUAUAACUUGAGUCAUCUGACACAAGGAACGCUACAGCUGCGGCUAUCUCAGAGGGUUGACCGAAUCUUUUCAUGGGCACUAUAGACAAACUCUUCUCUUUACCUAUUUCGUUU